CAAGAGCAGAGAGCCUGGGCACUGGGCUAGGGUUGCCUGACUUAAAGGAGCAGGCUCCCUAUUCCUCCAGCCCCUCUAAGCUGUCCCCUCCAGGCGGUGGUCUCUGUCUCCCCGCCCAGAGGAUCUCUCCCUCCUGAGGCCACCACUGGGUCUUUUCUGAGUGGUCCCUGAUCACUCUGUCAACAUGAACUGCAUUUCAGAUUUCUUCACCUACGAGACCACCAAGUCAGUGGUUGUGAAGAGCUGGACCAUUGGAAUCAUCAACCGAGCAGUUCAGCUUCUGAUCAUCUCCUAUUUUGUGGGGUGGGUUUUCCUGCACGAGAAGGCAUACCAGGUACGGGACACAGCCAUUGAGUCCUCGGUGGUGACCAAGGUGAAGGGCUUUGGACAGUAUGCCAACAGAGUCAUGGACGUGUCUGAUUAUGUGACCCCACCCCAGGGCACCUCUGUUUUUGUCAUCAUCACCAAGAUGAUCGUUACUGAAAACCAGAUGCAAGGAUUCUGCCCAGAGAGCGAGGAGAAGUACCGCUGUGUGUCAGACAGCCAGUGCAGGCCCGAGCGCUUCCCAGGUGGCGGGAUCCUCACUGGCCGCUGCGUGAACUACAGCUCUGUGCUCCGGACCUGUGAGAUCCGGGGCUGGUGCCCCACCGAAGUGGACACAGUGGAAAUGCCUGUCAUGAUGGAAGCUGAGAAUUUCACUAUUUUCAUCAAGAACAGCAUCCGUUUCCCUCUCUUCAACUUUGAAAAGGGUAACCUGCUUCCCAACCUGACGGCCGCCGACAUAAAGACAUGCCGCUUCCACCCUGACAAGUCCCCUUUCUGCCCCAUCUUGCGGGUGGGGGAUGUGGUCAAGUUUGCGGGGCAGGAUUUUGCCAAACUGGCCAGCACGGGUGGAGUUCUGGGCAUUAAGAUUGGCUGGGUGUGCGACUUGGACAAGGCCUGGGACCAGUGCAUCCCCAAGUACUCCUUCACCCGCCUCGACGGCGUUUCUGAGAAGAGCAGCAUCUCCCCAGGCUACAAUUUCAGGUUUGCCAAGUACUACAAGAUGGAGGACGGCAGCGAGUACCGCACACUCCUGAAGGCUUUUGGCAUCCGCUUCGAUGUGCUGGUGUAUGGGAAUGCUGGCAAGUUCAACAUCAUCCCCACCAUCAUCAGCUCCGUGGCAGCCUUCACCUCCGUGGGAGUGGGGACUGUCCUCUGUGACAUCAUCCUGCUCAACUUCCUCAAGGGGGCCGACCAGUACAAAGCCAAGAAGUUUGAGGAGGUGAAUGAGAUGACGCUGAAAGCUGCUGCCUCGACCAACCAAGUGUUCUCCAGCGACCAGACCACGGAGGAGAAGCAGUCCACAGAUUCAGGGGCCUACUCCAUAGGCCACUAGGGCCUCUUCCCAGGGCCCCAUGCUCACCCCUGGAAUCCGGGCCUCCCCAUAGGGCAUCCCACCUGGGCAAGGGAGGAUGGGAGAGGGGAGGGGCUCUCAUUUCUGCUGCUCAUCUCAUGAGGCCACAGCCGGGGACCAGCUGUUCCCACAGGGCUCCGACAUACAGGUAGUACUCCCUGCUAAGACCUCUAUCUUCCCUUCACCCCUUGCCUCACCCCAAUCUGCUUCCCAAGACCCCCAGGGCAGUGGCACCUGAGUCAUCCCCCUUCCAAAGAGUAGACAUAAGAAUAGUAAUAAUGAGUGGCCACAGGGCCUACCAAGUACCAGGCACUCUCACAUGCAUUAUCUUGUUUAAUCCUUAGAAUAAUCCUAUGAGGUAGAUAUUAGUUCCCCUGUUUUGAAGAUACCCUGAGGCUCAGAGAGACAGUCAUGUGCCCAAGGCCACACAGCCAGGAGGCGGGAGAGCUGGGAUUUGAACCCAGGUCUAACUCCAUUGCCCACACCGCACAAGAGAAGAAUGAACGUCAGGGGGCAUCUGCCCUGCUGCUUCCACCGGCUCCACUCUACCACGAUUAGGUUCAGCUGAAUCAAGAGUAAGCCCCAGGCUUUCCCGGGAGCUCAGGCAGGCCCCAUUUUAGGAGAGACCAGUGAGACAGUGGUGCGAGGUCUCCUUCUCCAACUUGGGUGGGUCCCAAAUUCACAAGGAAAUAGGAGGCAUGACUGUCAGUGAAUUUGUCCUUACCUCCCCCACGGCUCUGUCCCCAACCCAGGGAAGGGGCCAUUCUUGUUCUCUCUCUGGGGCUCCCACAUACUUAUAGCCAUGUGGGUCCCCUCACUCCAGAAGCCAGAGUAGGCCACACCCAGGGUGAUGUGAUUGUUAGACCUGGGGCCCUGUUCUAAGAGGGCAGCAAUCCUCCUUAAAAACAUUGGUGAAAAGGCUCCAGUGAGCCCCAGUGCCCUGUGGGCAGGUGAUCAGCGGGCGGGUCCCCGCAGGGUCCUAACGAAGUGGUCAGUCUCCUAAUGUUAGAAACUAAAGGGCCUUAGAAAACAUCUUGCCCACUCUCCUGUUCACAGAUGAGCAAUGGAAGCCAAAGGGGGAAAUGACUUAUGUCAUAGUGAGUGGCCCAAAGGGAACCAGGUGUCCUGCCACUCUGGGGAGGAGGCAAGAACAGGAAGCUGGGAAGGCUGUGGAGAGAGCACCUGGUCCACCCCUGCCUCCAUGUGCCCAGACCUCCCCUUCCCCUUCUGGGCUCUCACCCCAUGAGGGGCCCAGAAAUCACACCAGGGCCGAGUGCAGGAGCAGGUCCAGAUUUUAUGAAGACUGAUGCACAUACAAUUGGGGCAUUUUUUAAAAAAUAAUAAAAAUUAGGUAUAAGAAGGAGCUCAUGCAAGUGAGCAGCACUGAAGUAUGCUUCAUGAGCUUCACGGUAAAUCUGCCUCCAGGAAAGUUGGAGUGUGGCCAUGACCAUGAGGACUUGGCAGAAAGGAACUUAACUGUAGAUGAGGGCUGGCCCCUCUAAGGAAGGUGCAGAGAAAGGGGGUGUGGGCAGCUUUGGGAGUAGUUUGGGACGAUCAAGCAGUGAGCACUUGCAAAGGCCCAACCUCAAUGAUCCCCCACUGCAGGGGGAGAAGGGGUAAGAUUCCCACGCAUAAGGCCCAUCCCCCUUCCUCAACUGAGUCUUCACCCCUCAGCUCCACCCCAGGAGCAGCCUCCAGAAUAAGGCCGUGUCUGGAGAUCUGAUGAGCAGACACAUCAGUGAAGACAGCACUGCAUUCUCCAACCAGGAGACCCACAGGCAUUCCCAGUGAAUCCAGCUCUCAGGAGCCUGGGCUGGGGCUGAGGACGUUCUCUGAGGAGGAGACAGAGGCAGCGGUGUCCUGGAGGGGCCCUCUCCCCCAGCCCUCCCCUUCCCCACACUGGCCUGAACCCGUGUGUGUGAGCCUGACACUGUCCUCCCACAGCUGAACUAAGUUAGCACUUCUGUGUGCUAGACUUCGGGUUGA